AGUGAGGCGGGCCUGCAGCAUGUGCGCGCACGUCCGCGGCCGCUAGCUGCACACACACUCCACAGCCGGGGCCGCCCAAGAUGUCCUAACAUGGGGACGACAUCGUGGCUGCUGCACGCGGCCGCCAUCUUGCUGUCCCUGUCCCUCGUCACCGGCAGCACGGAAAUAUUCGAUGACUUCAGCGAUGGGAAGUCAGAUAAAGAAAUCCUGGAUGAGCUGCUCAGGAAAGAACGCUACGACAAGAGGCUGCGGCCUCCUGUACCAGGCAAGCUCCUGGUCAACGUCAGUGUCUUGCUCCUCAGCCUCGCCUCGCCGGACGAGUCGAGUCUGAAAUAUGAGGUGGAGUUCCUGUUGGAGCAGCAGUGGUACGACCCACGCCUGCGCUACUCCAACCACAGCAACUUCGAAUUCCUCAACGCCAUCCACCACAAUGAGGAAGUCUGGUUGCCCGACACGUAUUUCAUAAUGCACGGCGACUUCAAAGACCCCCUCAUUCCCGUCCACUUUGCUCUCCGCAUCUACCGCAAUGGCACUGUCGUCUAUCUUAUGAGGCGUCAUCUCAUUCUCUCGUGCCAAGGCAGUCUGCACAUCUUUCCCUUCGAUGACCCACUUUGUUCCUUUGCGAUGGAAAGCAUAUCAUACGAGCAGAAGUACAUUACAUAUGUGUGGAAAAACAGUGAGGAGACAUUGCGAAAGUCUCCCAGUCUGACCACCCUUAAUGCAUAUCUCAUCAAGAAUGCAACCACUGAAUGCGAGAAGAAGUCCAUCUGGAGAGGUAACUACAGUUGUUUGAAGGUGGAUCUGAGCUUCACUCGUGACCGUGCCUUCUACUUCACGACAGUGUUCAUACCGGGCAUUAUCCUUGUUACCUCUUCUUUCAUUACCUUUUGGCUCGAGUGGAAUGCAGUUCCUGCAAGAGUCAUGAUUGGUGUAACAACAAUGCUCAACUUCUUCACAACAUCAAACGGGUUCCGAUCGACUCUCCCUGUUGUGUCAAAUCUGACAGCAAUGAAUGUUUGGGAUGGAGUGUGCAUGUGCUUCAUCUACGCGAGUCUGCUGGAGUUUGUGUGCGUGAACUACGUGGGGCGCAAACGACCACUGCACAAUGUUGUGUACCGCCCGGGUGAAAACCCUGUAACCCAGCGACUGCCAGCAGUUCUCAGCCGAAUUGGCAUAAUUAUGGCCACUCCGCUGGUAAGACAGGGUGACAAAAACAAAAGGGACACAUCAGCUCCCAACGAAAUAGUCACCUGCACCAACUGUGGCCCCAACCCGUGCACACAUUCUGCCAACAAUGGCUGUGCUACUGAGGUCCGCAAAAAGGAACCACCUCAUCCCAUCAGAGUGGCGAAAACAAUAGACGUGAUUGCGAGGGUGACCUUCCCCAUUGCAUAUGCAAUAUUUCUCAUAUUUUUCUUUGUACAUUACAAAGGGUUCUCCAAUAGUUCAGAAUAAGCUAGACUGCCAGUUUGGAAACCGCGUGUUCUAUAAGAUGCUGUUGCAGCAGCAACAACAACACGAGUGCUUUGGCAGGUAAUGGCUAAUGAGUGCUGAGCUGAAGAGUAUAAUUAAUUGGUGCUUUUGGGAAAAAAAUUGUACCCUGAAGUUUUAAUUUAUUGCUUAUCUGUGAAGUGAUCAGAGCCUCUUCUUCUUUUUUGUUGUUAAUGGACACAACAGCUACAAGAAUUGCGAUUCUGAUUUUGAAGAUGGUGGGUGACUACUGAGACGCUUGGUCGCUAUCGUAGUAACUGCUGAGUCUCGCGAGAAACGUUUCAUCUUAGGGAAGUCUGUGUAAAUGACUGUUAGAUAUGUGCUCAGUGGCUUGCCUGAUGAACCGAUUGUAAACUUAACUGCCAACUAUAAUGAGACUUAUUCUGACUUGUGGUUAGCUUCAUUACAAGAAGAAAGAAACCUAAUAGGGUCGACGUAUUUCCAACUCUUAAAAUCUGGUUGUGAGUGACACAGUUCUAUCAUUGUUGCAGGAUUGUUUUGUCUGCAGAAUGUGGUGUACAUCAAAUCACACAUUUUCUCCACUGACAUGGUGGGUUUU